AUGUCCUCGUCAUCUUCCGAUAGACCCCAUCUCGUCCAGUGGAUUCUCGAUACCCGGACCCUCUGGCCCGAGGCCACCAGGACCAAGGAUCUCGAACAUGCCGCCUCUCGUGCCCUGGCGCUCCUGACGCCCGACGAGCGUGCCGGCGUCCUUCGCUUCUACCACGUCCGCGACGCCAAGCUGUCGCUGGGCUCGCACCUCCUCAAGCGUCACGCCACUGCCCGUUUCUGCGGCGUCCCCUGGUCUCGCGCCGUGCCCAUCCGCGACACCCCGACCGCCAAGCCGACCUGGCGCGACCCCGCCGGCCGCGAGCCCCUGCGCUUCAACGUGAGCCACCAAGCCGGCCUCGUGGCUCUCAUCGCCGUGCACGACGACCAGGACCCCGGCGCCCUCGAGUGGGACGUCGGCGUCGAUGUCGUCUGCACCUCGGAGCGCCGCGUCCGCGACCGCGCCACCAUCGCUGCCGAGGGCUGGCCGCACUUUGUCGACGUCCACGCCGAUGUCCUCUCGCCGCGCGAGGUCGCCUACCUGCAGCACGGCAUCAUGGCGCCCGUGCAUCAGCUCCCCGGGCGGCCCGGCGACGGCGCGUCGGCCGACGAGGUCGCCGACUUUCAGCUGCGGUGCUUCUACGCGCUGUGGUGCCUGCGCGAGGCGACGCCUCAACGCAAGGAGGAGGGGCUUGCCUUGAGGCUUGGUGAUUUCGAGCUGGUGCGCUUGGAGGAGCUGGUUGCUUUUGCAGAGGCAGCACCCUGA